UCUUCAACCCAGAGAACUUUCACUUCCAGCAGCGCUCGGAAUUUCCUACCUUCUUCCAUUCUUUUCUUCCGAUCGAACUGUAUUCCCUGUACACUCUUUCCCACCUUUCAACCACUACAAACAAGAUAUUACCAUCACCAAAAUGAAGUUCUCAACCCUCGCUCUCGCUGCUGCGGCCCAGGUGGCCUCCGCCCACUACUUCUUCGACACCAAUGUCAUUGACGGCGCCGCCCAGACCCCCGGCAAGUACGUCCGCGGCACCACCCGCGCAACCGCCUACAACCCCAUCAAGUUCUCCUCGAACCCGGCUGGUGACAUUCGCGACGGCUCCUUUGCCGACGGCGACGACAUUCGCUGCAACCAGGGCGCCUUCUCCACCGCCGGCAGCACCGAGGUCCUCACCGUCGCCGCCGGCUCCGAUGUGACCGCCAAGCUGGGCUUUGGUGCCAAGAUGGAGCACCCCGGCCCCGGCUUCGUCUACAUGUCCCGCGCCCCCGGCGACGACGUCAAGGCCUACGACGGCUCGGGCGACUGGUUCAAGAUCUUCGAGGAGGGCGUCUGCAACCCCUCCGCCGACUUCACCCGCGACGCCUGGUGCACCUGGGGCCGCGACACCAUCACCGCCACCAUCCCCGCCGGCACGCCCGACGGCGAGUACCUCGUCCGCUUCGAGCACAUUGGCAUCCACCGCUCCCACGUCAACCAGCCCGAGCACUACACCUCGUGCCUCCAGGUCAAGGUCGAGGGCGGCGGCAGCGGCACUCCCGGUCCCACUUUCCAGCUGCCCGGCGGCUACAAGGACACGGAUGAGUACGCCAACUUUAGCAUCUACGGCGGUCUCAAGGACUUUCCCAUGCCCGGUCCCGCUGUCUGGGACGGUGCCAGUGACGGCAGCGCGCCUGUCGAGGAGGAGCAGGAUGAUGCACCCGUCGAGACAACCCCUGAGCCUGUCGAGGAGGAGGAGGGGGAGCCUGCUGCGCCUGCCCCUGAUGCGGACUGCUCGGCCAUGUACGGCCAGUGCGGUGGCAAUGGCUACACAGGUGCUACCUGCUGCUCUGCUAGCAGCUGCAAGGUCGUCAACGACUGGUACCACCAGUGCCUCUAAGGGGGUGGCUUGGCUUACACGUUGGGGACGCUGCUGGUGAGGCGAGAGGCGUAGUCCCGUUUUCUGCGCCUGCUCGAUGAGAGAGUUGAGGACGGCCAUGCUGGGCUUGGCACAUUUUGUAAUAUCUUCUUUACUUCUCUACAUAUCUUGGAACGAAUAGAAAUUUCUCUGGCAAC